GUCCUCUAUAGUUGUGUGUUGAUAUGGCGUGCACGAGGCAAUAGUAACUAAACAACAAAAUGGAGUAAACUACAAGUAAUUCACCAUUCAACACACAACUAUUAAGCAAGAGUGGGCAAUUGAACUUGGGACUGUCGAAUCGGUAGGCGAGCACAUAAACCACUUGUCCAACUAUUGGAGGGGUGUGGAGGUUGCGGCGAUGCUCAAAGUGGGCAGCAAGUUCUACACAUUUGAUGAGUUGAGCAAACGGUUGGAGGAAUUUCAGCAACUAGAAAAAGUACAACUGUGGGUACGUGACUCAAGGACUGUCGUUGCUGCCGCAAAGAGGGCGCGCCGCAAGUCCCUCAACCCAGCUCUCAAGUAUGCUGAGCUGACCUACUCAUGUGUCUUUGGUGGGCGAAGACCCUCGGACCAAACAAAAACACAUAAUCAGACAUCAGCGGGUGGUUGCCCGUUUAAGGUCCGGCUGUCGACUUCAAUUGAUGGCCAAGCUCUUGUCGUAAAAGAGAUAUGUCAUGAUCAUAACCAUGAGCCAGGCAAAAAGCUUCAUGAAGAGCCAAGGCGAUUGUACAAAAAGACAACAAACCGCACAACUGUGCGAAAGCCCGUCCGUUAUAUUGUGAAUAAACAGCGUGUGAGUAGUAGUGACAACAAGAGUAAUAAGAAUCGCUUGGAAAAUAACGAGUCUCAUAUUCAGUUGGGUCAGUCUCCUUUCCAUCAUCUUCAUUUACAUAAACAGCAAUACCAGCAGCAGCAACAACAAAUUAAAUUGCAGUUGCAACAACAUUUACAACAGCAGCAGCUGGAGCAGCAGUUGCGGCAAAGGCAAGCAGAGAUCAUACAGCUGGACUCGCCUGAUCAUAUAGAUACUCCUGACCACCUGAGCUCUCCCGAUCUCUCCACAACCUUUGAUCAGCUGGGGUCUCUCAACAACUCCGUCGAUCAGUACUCGUACCUGCCACCCUCACCCAUCUCUCCCAGCCUGUCUAGUGGUUGCCUGGUUGACUGUGAGGAGGAAGAACGCCUGGAGCCUAUUCUGGAUCUGGAAGAGGCGCUAGAAGAAGCCCUGGGUGACCUAGACAGUGUGGGCAGUAUGGAGGUUGACGCUAACCUUCGACUGUCCACUCUAGGGAGCUCCACUCCUCUGGUGUCGCAGUCAGAGGCGCACUCGACUGACGAUCAUACGGGUCCGCCUCCGGCCAAGAGACAGCGUGGGCGUCCUAGGAAACAGUCAUUUACAGGAAGUACGUAUGAUAGUAGUGUGGACAUUCCAGAUCUUGAUUUCAGUCUGAGCGACUUGAUGGACUUUGACGUCUACCUAUUUUAGCCGAGAGAGGGUGGUGAGAGGAACUGACACCCGUAGCUACAAAGUCUAAGUUCAAAUUUGUACAGCUGCCUCUUGUAUGAACUGGACUUCAUAAUAGUUGAUCAAAUUGUAGUAAAAGAUACUGUACCUUUUCUUUUGUAAAUCUUUUUUCUCUUCUGUUUCUGUUUUAUGUCAGUUUAUAUGGAACUGAGCUUGAGUUAACAAGGUUUCACUCUUUAGGGUCAUGGCUAUAUUUUUAUUAGUUCUGGUUCAGUGGUAGUCAUUUAUCCAAAAUAACUGUCACAUGUAAAAUUGCACUAUAAAAAUGUGUUGGUUACAAAAAAUACAACCACAAAGCUUUA